AUAAUUCUUUCAAAGACGUUGAACUUCAUUAACCUUUUUGUAUACUCUUUUUUUCGUUGCUGCCACUGUCCGACAGGUAUAUGUACAUACUUUAGCAAUGUUCUGAAAUAAAGCAAACACGUGUUUUCAGUUAGCAGUAGCUACUUGUUGUCUAAAGCCUGUAUCCCACCCCCGUUUGUGGAGGUUGGUACUGCCCAGACCAACCCGUGUCUCGACUCUGAUACCAUCUCUAAAAUUCUCUAUAGAAAUAUGUUACUCUGUGGACUGUCAAAAUACUGUAGUGCAUUUAUUUUGGACGUGUAAUUGCAACAGUUUUAUGAGGUUAUGCGUGAUGCGUAUGUGUUAAACUGGCCAAGUGAAAAAAAGGAAUAAUGUCCACUGAUCUGGCCAUUACUGGGAUCCAGGCAAAUCGUGCUCCUCACAAGAGAGGCGCUGGCUAUAGAGUUAAAUCAGAGACUUCCUAUGUAGAUGAGACUCUCUUUGGUACCUCUUGCAGAGCUCAGACACGAGUGGUUAAUUUUAACCCUCCUUGGGUCUCCUCAAGCAAUGCCCCAACACCAAGACCACUUCUGUGGAGUCCGCAAUCAAAAGGCCCUGGGGAGCUGAAGAGCACUGCAAAAGCAGUCCCUUUACAAAUGCCUACAAAAAGUAGCACACCACUUAGCACUCCAAGAAAAACAAACAAGUACAGGUUAAAAAGUCACAGCCCAUCUUACUGUGAUGAGUCCCUUUUUGGUCCAAAGCCAGAAGAUCCUGGUUGGGAGCCACCUUGGGUAAGAAAAGAGGAUACGAUAUCUAUCCGCCCACUGCUGUGGUCUCCACCAGCAUCUAACAAAAUUUCUUCCAGACCUUCCUCUACACGUGACAGAGGAGUUCCUAUGAAGGCUUUUCACCCAGAUACCCUUGACCCUCGAUUGACGGACCUCAGUGAAGAAUACAAGGGAAAGACCAACUUCUGGAAGAGGCCAGAGAGUGAUUCAGGAUCAAACUGCACAAUAACAGAUCAGGAUAAAGCUCAGUUUGUAAACAGGAUACAAUCCUCAUAUAAGGGGACAGAAAAAUUGGAUACCACAAGAAGUAAAAUAGAGCAGUGCAAGACACUUUAUUCUGCCAAUGGAAAUGUAACUGGUCACUGGAACCACUACAGGCCCCGCUCAGCCAGUGCAUCAGACUCCCAGUCUCUUGGGAGGUCCAAGAUAGCUGUCUCGUUGCAAACAAAGCGUCCAUGGAAAUAUUAAAGUCAUAUUCAUAGAAGUGCUGUUAAAACUCUUCUUGUACAGAUUUGGAAUUGUGGCUUAUGAAUUGCUGAAGAUAGGGAAGACCUCAGUGUUGCUUAAUAAGUGUAUCCCCAAACAUUGUCAUUUGUGUAUGUACAUGCACUGUGAAACAGAGAUAGAUGUACACCAGCUCUGGAAUGUGUUAAUUAUGUAGCUUAACUGUUCUUUAUUUAGGAAGAUCCUUAGUGCCGCAUAACAGCACUGUUUCAUUUUCAUUCUUUUUUCAGCAUUCAGUUUCGAUCACAUUGAUGUGGACUUGAGAAACAUGUUUAUCAAUUUUUUUUAAAUGGUUUUCCUCAGUAUUCAGUUCAUUUUCUUUAAAUAAUGUGUUUAUAAGAAUGUCACACUGCAGUCUUUUGAGUGACUGUAGCCAUACCUGCUGGAGAUAUUCAUUCACCACAUUCUCUUUAGUGGAUCAGGCUACGAGACAAUGACAGCAACUAAGUAUAGCUGUCUUACAUAAGAGGAAGAAGAAAGACUAUUCUUUUAUUUAAGUUUAUGUGGCACUUACAGCAUUAAAACAGUUGUUUUUGUCUUUCUGUAGCAUAAGCCUUUGCUGCAGUACUGGAUUCAAAGUUGGCAGUAAACCGCAGUGUGCUCUGCUACUCGCACUUGCUGACAUUUUAUUUAUUUUUUCACUUUUGUAUGUGGUGCGUUUGAUGUUCUCCAUCUCUUGUACCCUGGUACCCUUCCUUUGUCCCCUCAGUGAAUUGGAGAGUAGAUUGGUGCCAUCCUAGAAGUUAUGUUUUUUUUUGUUUGUUUGUUUUUUGUUUUUUUAUCUCAGGGUUGUUUUACACAGUUUGUGUACGUUAUACAUCCUAGCAGUGAUAUUUGAGUAUUUUGUUGAGGUACCCUCCAUCAAAGACCGUUGUUUAUCAUUUGAGUAUUACAGAAAGAAAAUCAUAUACAGUUAUUUUAUUUUGUGUGAGCACUUUGAUAUGAUGAUGUGUUUUAUCUUAACUUUUGCUUUAAAAGGGUUGCAUAUUUUCUAAUUUUCGAAUCUGAUUCCUUAAUUAUGUACAAAUUGAUUUUUCUCUUGUGCACGUCUACAACCUGUAGAGACCCUGCUUAUUGUUUAUUCUAUUGUUUGUAUGAUUUGCAGUUCUUGUUUUUUCUGGAUUCCUUACUUAGAUUUAAAUAUAAUGUGAGCUUCAAGAAGCUUUACUUAAUCUUCAAACUACAAAACAAAUUUUGAAAAUUGCAAACCUCCGAUGCAUUCUGUUAGAGACGUUUGUUACUUUAGUCACUGUGUUAUCCAAGUCUGUUCUCUGCUGUCACAACUACUCAGCAUUUUUAAAACUAAAAUAUAUCACUUGAUUAACUCCUCAGAGCUCUGAAAUCUCACACCCCUAGCAACUUAAACUUAUCUUUAUGUUCAAGAGCAUUUUCUGAAAAAUCAAGCUAAAAAAGCAGACCUCAAACAAAUGUAGGUAUCUUCAGAACAGGAAAUGCUAUUUAAAAAGUACAGAUAGCAAUUUUGUCAGUCACAAGUCUUUUCUUACAGUAACAAUAGUCAGUGCGCUCAUAGUCUUUUGUAUCAGUGCAGUAAUAUAUUAUGGUAUACACAAACCCAGAAUUAAAUUUUUAUAUAAACUACUUUUCGUAUCUGGAAAACAUCCUGGCCAUAUAGUGUCUGGGCACUUUUGUUCAGCUAGAUUUUACCUUUAACAUAACAGCAAGAAAUCCCUUUCUGCUUGGGUACAGAGAAAUAUACAGUUUAUGAAAAGUAUGUUUAACUGUGUAAUUAAUUAAUAACACAUAUAACACUAAAUGUCUUCAAAUAUGUGCAAUUUACGAUUUUCUGUAAUAUCAUGUAAGGUUUCACCUUAUGCCAUGAAAGUGUAUAACUCACUGUUUUUUUGGAAAUAUUAAAGCACAUAUGUGGAGUGUA